GGUCGUUUCCGCGGCUAUCGGACGAUCGGUGCUCACCCUCUGCCAACUUUGUACGAAAUUAACUAUCCUCGGAUGCAUGAAAUAAGACAUGAAGGCGAUCGACGGUUUCGGAGAACCGCACGACUCUCGCAGUCGGGUUAUCAUUGCAGAACGCAUGCGUGAUAGAUCCAUCCUUCGUACGAGGCGGAUAAGCGCGCACCUCUUUGUCGCAUCCGUUGCGCGUCAGUUUCCCAUUUCGCUUCUGGCCAGGAGGACGCGCGAUAAGGAGAUCGCGAUCGGAAGUGAGCGCAAAAGUGCGAGAACGAGCAAUCGUGAGAUAGAGCUUCCUCUCACCGAGAUUGAUUCCUCGAAGAAGAGAUAAGGAGGUCGCGAUCGGAAGAACAGUCAGAUCUGUUCCACUUUCUCGGAUCGACAUUUAUGAAUCCCCGUAAAGAGAUCCGAAAUCUAUUGGAAUUUGUUUUUAUAAAUACUUCCUACGACUCGCUUCGUCUUCUCUGAUCGAUCACGAUCGACACUGCGAUCUCCCGUGGGCGAAAUAAUCAAACUGAAGGUUUCUUUCCAAAGAAUUUUUAUAAAGAAAGAAGAUCUCUUUUUUUCUCUAGUAUCGAUAUUUAUAGAUGAUCGAAAGGAUCCUGAGUAGUUGUUCGUUCCAUUUUCAUUGGCGGGAUCAUAAAUAAUCGAGGGAUUAUACCGCUCACAACAUUACCUCGUUUCCUUGAAAUAAAUCUUUCUAAAAAAAUAAUUUAGGGAAGCUUCACCUCUCUUCUGGUUGUUUUCCAGAAUACAAUUCCGACAAAUUGCCAGAAGAACUCUCGAAUAGAUCUCUCCUCUCGAGAACGAUCUUUACAAAUAAUCAGGAAUAACUUGAAAUUCUUUUCGUUUCUGAAGUCGAUUUUUGUAAAUAAGCUGAAGGUACGCGAACCUCCGGAAACGGCUUUUGUAAACAAUCCGGGAAAACGCCGAGUCUCCGCGGAGUCGGAAGCCUCUUGAAAACAAUUUUUGGAAGACUUGGACCGAACGAAUUUCAAUCCCCGAGACGCGGAGCUUAGCGUGACCGGCUCAGAAACUUCGUUCAUGUCGCAGACUCCGAAGGAGGAGGCCGACGCGAUGAAGGCCAACACGGCGGCGACGAAAAUCCAGGCCAACUUUCGCGGGUACCGCGUGCGCAAGCAGCUGAAGGAAUCUACGCAGCGUCGUCGUCAGCAGCAACAGCAGCAGAAUCAGCAGGAUCAGCAGCAGGACCAACAGCGGCAGCAGGAGCACUCGAAACCAAAGGAACAUCUGCUGAAGAGACAAAGCACUCGGGAGGCGCUCGAGGAGAAAUCGGCGACGAAAAUCCAGGCGGGAAUUCGUGGCUUCCUGGUGCGGAAGAGGCAGCAGGCCGUUCAGGCAGCGGCAACAAGGAUCCAGGCUGGCUUCCGUGGCUUCAGGACGCGGAAGUUGCUGAAGCAGAACGGUCAAUAGGCUGUAUCUUAUGGUGUCUGGUCUGGUGUCGAAGGAGAGGCGACGUGGGACGUCGAUGUGUGCGAGAGCAUUUUGUGGGUUCUUUUGCGACUUGCGGACGAAACCUUGCAAUUGUAUCGGAGACACAGAAGAAAACGAUGCGUGCGCACGUGCGAUUUCAUUUAAGUUAAUUACAUUGUUUCAUGAUAAUCGUAUAUUUUUGGACUGCGAGUUCGUUAAUCUCGUCGAAAGUCAUUUCGAAAAUUAAGUAAUAAUUAGCGAAAUGUUUUACAAUAAUCUUAAUUAUUUCUUUAUUUCGUUUUUUUCCUAAUGAUUUUUCUAUACGAUAGCAGUAACAAGUAAAGAAUAAUAAUAAUGAAAAAAAAA